AUUUUUUUUCCCGCUCUUUUUUCUCACAAAUAUAGAUCUCGAUUUUACUUUAAUAUAGAAAAAGAAAAUACAUUUACCCUAUUUGACGAUAACAACAAUAACUCAAAUUAGAGAGUAUGGACACAACAACCUUGGAUAAAAACAAAGACCAUCAACAAAUAGCUGCUAUCUUGGUGGUGGGCUUCCAUCAUGCCUACGGUCCUGUGGUUGAAUUUUGCCAUCCUCCUUUACCUCAACAACCUCAAAAUGAUCAAACCUCUUUAGAAAAGUUGGAAUUACCAGAAGACUGGAAUUUCUUACCUUUUCUUGCUUUACCAGAUGGAGCUCAUCAAAAAGACGAAGACUUUGCUUACUUUCAUUUACCUCCUGUACCAGGUUGGUCUGUUGCUGAAACAACCUUAUUCGGUAUAUCAUGUAAUCGUCAAAUAGCUACCAAGGAUUUACUGGUUACAACACCGGAUAUUACUCGAUCUAUAGUACAAAAAGCUGUUGUAGUCCUUGCUCGUCAGCCUAUCUUUGGCCCUCUACGACAAAAGUUGGCUGUGAUUACGGCAGCUUGGUUUAGUCAACGAGAUUUUACACAACUGGGAAUACUAUACAAUCUAUACAAUAAUUUGACAAAUACCUUUUGUGGACCAAUUGAUGAUUCAACUUUGUAUAUGGGCACUUCACUGCGGGAACUCUUACACAAGUUUAAAUACAAGACAUUGAUUUUAUUGAAACUGUUACUACUAGAAAAAAGGAUAUUAUUUUAUGGCUAUCCAGUAGAAAGACUAUGCACAUUUGAAUAUUCCUUAAUAUCUCUUGUGCCUGGGCUACUACGGUCAUUGCAAGACUCUGGAGCACCUGAACUUGAUAUAUCCAACGAUGAUUUACAACAAAUAGAAGCAAAAGAAUUAGAAAAUGGAAAUAAAGCCAGUCUAUUACGUUACAUGGGAUUACCUCUACGGGUGUUUGAAAAGGGCUCAUUCUUCCAACCUUAUUUACCAUUGCAACAAAUCAAUAUGUUAUCUUCCAGUAAUACCAAGUCAUAUGUUGUUGGAACUACGAAUCAAAUCUUUUUUCAUCACAAAAGUGAUAUUAACAUCGACGUCUUGGUCAAUGUGGAAAAUGGUACAUUGGAAUUCUAUGAUCAAAAAUUGGCUUCUAUAGUGCAUCCAACACUUGCUGAUAGAAGGUGGAUGGAAAAGAUUGUCAAAGUGGUUCAUGAUACUUGGGAUGACAAUGAUCCUGCUAGACCGAUGCAAAAUACUUAUCUUGGAUCUGAUGAUUAUCUUCGUGCUCGCUUUGAAGAAUAUGUGUUAUCUUUAUUAUCAAGUACAAAACAUGCUCAAGAUACGAAUGUACUUGCAUCCAUCAAUGGAACAGCUUUGGCAGGAAUGGGUUCAGCGGAUGCAUAUUCUACUCAAACAACAGAAGAUGUGAUGCUUGAUGAUGACAAAGAACGAAAUUAUGUAUUGGACUAUGGUAUCAAAUGGUGGAUAAACUGGAGAGAAACUGUCAAUUUCAAACUUUGGAAUCAAUAUACAGAUCACGAAAUAUAUGAAAUUGUGGAACCUGGUCAUCCUGGUAUGGGUCAUAUAUCUAUUGUAGACAUUCAAAAUACGUUAUCAAAUCGUUUUCGAGAUUUACAGCUCCGCAAUAACUUGGGGCCUUUAGGCAAGACACUAUCCAAGGCAAUGUCAGGUGGUGCAAAAGCAGUAUCUAGUGGUCGUGUCAGAUUAUUACGUGGUGUAGAUGCUCUUUGGAAUGAUUUACCAUCAUAUGAUCAUAGCACUUCAAAAUCUCCAUCUCAUCAGGACCCUGAUAAUGCGAAUCAAAACCCUAUUCACGCCCAUACAUCCAACAGAAACGAUUCAUUCUCAUUAUCAUCACCACAACGACAGGAUGAAUCUGCGGAAACUACAUCCCAGCAAGCUAGUCGACUUUUUUCCAACUUUUCCACUUUUUUAUCAAGAAAGCAAAAGGAGUUUACUUUAGCCAUCGAGGUAGGACUAGAAUAAAUUGGAAAAGAAUGAAAUUAACCUUCAUGUAUGUUUUUAUUUUGUGAUAUUAGGAAUCUAUUCAACAACCACAACAACAACAACAACAAACUUCCUCUGCUGGAAAACAAAAUCAGUUACGUCAAGGAUCUGUAUCGCCUCCGGUAGUGAUGAUCAGUGACGAUGAUAGCAGUUCGACUUUUGUGGAUGUAGCAGCAAUGUACAACAACAAAUCAAACAAGGAAAAGAUCUUGGAUAAGACUCUGAGCGAUACUAGAUGAUCUUUUUUAGUUUUUUUUUUUAGCUUCUAUUCCAAUAAAAAAAAAAAACUUGAUAUUCCAAUUUCGUUUUUUUAUGAUUUAAC